UGGCGGUUUGUUUUUGAGCUACAAUCUUAGCUAGGAGGUGUCCCGGCACCGCGCGCACAUGAGUGAGGUUUCGACAAUACUCGGUAUUUUCCGGCAAAUGGGUCCACUUGGCGAAUGAAAGUCAGUCGGAAGAGAUUUCCCUCUUUUCUGUUAAGUUUCCCGUUUGACAGAUACGGAUGCAGAAGACGGAAUGAGGUCACCAUAAGUCUGUUCCCGUCGGAUUUCCUCCCCUGAUCUGUGACGGGGGGUGUUUCUCCAGUAGGAGUUUUCUGGUUUGUGUGGAUCGGGCUCCUCUGAGGCCCCGCCCACUGUGCCACCGCGCCUCUGCGUGCAGUGAUGAGCGUCGGCUGUUGGGGUUGGUCGGGGUCUCGCGGCGUGUUUGGUUGGAGCUGACACCUCCUGGUUCUUCCUGCUGAAGAGGCCGACAGGAUUCAGCAGGAGCUCCGCCCAGCCCGACUGUCUUCGGCGCACGGAUGUUGGGCUGCGCCGCCAUGCCCGCCAACCAGUCCCUGCCCUGGGGAGGGGUAAAGCUCAGAGCUCGCUCCAGCAGCGAGGGCCCGCCCGCCACAGACGCUGCAGUGCCUUUCAGGAUUGAGGACAAGCGGCCGAAAAACGAGCAGUUCCCCCACGAGUCGGACCAGAAUCUGAGUUUGCCUCAGCGCCUCGAAGGCUUUCAGAACCAGAACCAGGUGCCGUCAGAGAUGCUGGAGAACGGCUCUUCCUCCAGCAUCACGAUGGCGGCAACGCUGAUGCAGAACGAUAAGCCUGAAUGCAAUUCGGUGCAUAGAACUCUUCGGAACCAUCCGCGGGCUGAGAGCGUGACGGGACGGACCGCUGAGGAGCACGGAGACCGGAACACGGCUGCAGACUGUUUGUCCUCACCGCCAGUGCCUCGUCCGUGCCUUAGUCCUCACACCCAGCAGGGCUCGGUGUCCUCAAAGAGGGCUUUCAGCCGCGAUGGCGCCGGACCCGAAACCAGAAGCACAAGAAGACUAAGCGGUGCGCCGCGGAGGAGCCGGCGGGUUAAAACCGCCGUCAGGCAGCGUUCGGCCCAAAGCAGCUGCAGAAGUAGGUCUGCUAACGGCCUGCUGUCGGCGAGGGGGGUUUGUCUGGUGGUCAUGGAAGCGGCGGCGAGCGGCAGGACCUGCACAGAACUGGAGAACGGGGAUUUGGCGGUAGACACGGAGCAGCGGCGUCCCACACAGCCGGAUGACGUCGCAGGUUUGGGUCAAACUGAAGCUUUGGUCGGCUCUGUGACCUCUCAGAUCUCGGCCAUCCACCUCACCAGACGGGACCGGCCCUCCUGCAGGUCGCCCCCAUCCCCGUCCUCCUCCUCACCCUCAGUGGAGCAGCUUGGUGGGGAGUCGGAGCCGUCAGACCUCCAGUGGGUCAUGCAGGUGGAUGGAGCGGAGGAGGAGCUUCCCGGCGAGCUGGAGAACGCCUGCAGCGACGCGGAGGACUCGGACUUUUCCGCCUCUGCGGCGCCGCACCCUCCGCUUUCCCGCAUCGAGGAGCCGAUGGUCCUGGGAAGCGAGGAGGAGCGGGAAGAGCGUCCAGCACUGGUCCCCAGUCUGUUCCCGUUCAUCCCUCCAACCCUGUACUUCAGCACGGCCAACGAGAAAGUGGAGCUGCUGCCUGCAGAGCAGAGGCGGCUGCUGAAGUGGAAACUGAGCACGGUCACCCCCAAUGUGGUGAAGUACACGGUCGACCGGUCCCACUUCAAAGUCACUAAGAAAGGCCACGACUGGUUGGGCUGCUGGGGACACCACAUGAGGUCUCUGGGCUUCAAGGAGCUGGGAGAGCACCAAAAGUUGAACCACUUCCCAGGGACGUUUCAGAUCGGCAGGAAGGACCGACUGUGGAGGAACCUCUCCAAGAUGCGGCUUCGCUACGGCAAACAGGAGUUCAGUUUUUUCCCGCGAACCUUCAUUCUUCCUCAAGACAUAAAACGGCUUCGGAAAGCCUGGGAGGACGGAGGCUCCAAGCAGAAGUGGAUCAUCAAGCCCCCUGCAUCGGCCAGAGGAGUAGGCAUCCAGGUUAUCCACAAGUGGAGUCAGAUGCCUCACAAGAGGCCUCUUCUGGUCCAGAAGUACCUUCACAAGCCCUACCUCAUCAGCGGGAACAAGUUUGACUUGAGGAUCUACGUCUACGUGCCGUGCUACGACCCGCUCAGGAUCUACAUCUUCUCUGACGGACUGGUUCGAUUCGCCAGCUGCAAGUAUUCGUCUUCCAUGAAGACUCUGGGCAACAAGUUCAUGCACCUGACCAACUACAGCGUCAACAAGCAGAAUGCAGAGUACCAGACAAACAGCGACGAUAAAGCAUGUCAGGGACACAAAUGGGCCUUGAAGGCCUUAUGGCAACUCCUGGGCUCCCGAGGCGUCAAUACCACCCUGAUAUGGGAGAAAAUCAAAGACAUCGUCAUCAAAACUGUCAUCGCCUCUGAGCCGUACGUCCACAACCUCAUGAAGAUGCACGUCAAAUCUCCGUACAGCUGCCACGAGCUCUUCGGCUUCGACAUCAUGCUGGACGAGAACCUGAAGCCCUGGAUCCUGGAGGUCAACAUAUCUCCCAGCCUUCACUCCAGCUCCGCCCUGGACGUGUCCAUCAAAGGACAGAUGAUCAGAGAUCUCCUGAAUCUCGCCGGCUUCCGUCUUCCACAGAGAGAAGAAGAGGAGGCGUCGCCGUGCAGCAGCGCCUCCAGCAGCGCCUCCAGCAGCGCCUCCAGCUCCACCAGCAGUUUGAGCGGGAGCAAACCCACCGUGUCUGCAGACGAGAGGGUCAAACGAAGCUUUUACCUCUCGCAGUUUCACGUCGACCAGGACCUUCUGGUGUCUGUGUUGGACGUCCUGACUCCAGAGGACGUCCGCGUGCUCGCCGAGAGCGAGGACGAGCUGAGCCGCAGGGGCGACUUCGAGCGCAUCUUCCCGUCGCCCUCGUCAUCGCGGUACCUCCGCUUCUUCGAGACGCAGAGAUACUUCAACAUCCUGCUGGACCAGUGGGAGCAGAAAUACUGGAACGACUGGACGAAACGUAUCGAUCUGCUGAAGGCUCUGUGUCAGGAAAGAGUCCAUCUGGGAACCAGUGACCCCGCCCACAUGUGGUCAAAGUGCAGCUACGUCUCCAGGUUUCAGCCUCAGGGACGAGAGGAGACCGGCCCGCUCAGACCCAGCGUGGUGGUCACCUCCCAGCACGACUCUCUCGACGAAGACUGUUCGGACUGUUCCAACCCUGAGCUCAGCUCCGCCCAGAGCCUCCUGCUGCAGCGGCUGGCCUCGCUUUCACCCGGUAACCCCGAACAAACACCGCCUCCACGCGCUUGAGGCGAUAUCUCCGCGUUUACAUCCUCAAACGAAGCUUCCGCUGGUCCGUUCGCUGGAAGCCGCGUUGAAUUUUGUGGGGAGCGGAACGGGCGAAGCGUGAAAACAGUGGAAGCAGCUGCAGGAUCCUUCCUGCUGUUUACAUGGAGGAGGAAGCCGCCAUCGCCACCGUGCCAGAGAAUGUGCCAAUUCUCAUCCUGCGGCCUCCGCAUCACUGUGAUUCCUUCGCGUCUUCAAAUUUCGACGACAUCCAAGAUGUUUCUAAAGGGCUUCACUGUCUAUGGUUCAAUUCAACACGAUUCCUCCUCCCCAGAGACGGACUUUCUGGUCUUGGUUCCGUUGGUUCCAGCGGACAAACAUCUCGUUCCUAAAACAAUGCAGCUGUUCGGUGAGAGUUCGGGUUGAAAUGUGCCUCACUUCUGCCUCUGAAGUUUGACAAAUGAACACUUCAGAAUGUUUUCACUGCUUUUGUAGAUUUUCAGAAUAAAAGCAUUUUGCUCCAAAA